CUGUACUGCGUGUUGGGCUGGGCACGCAGGUGGCUCAAGUUUUCUCUCAUAUGUUAGCAGCUGAUGUAAGAAAGCGCCGGUAGCAACGCCUCGCACUGAUUAGACACUCAGACAGUUGUUACGAGGAGGAGGAAAGGAGUUCUCACUUUCCGUAGGAAUGACUUUCAAAAUGUGUCCUCCCCUCAAGAAGUGCCUCGGCCAGUUCGAAAACGCAGUUCUCAGAAAAAAGCUUCUGUCCUUGCUUCCCUGGAUGAAAGUGUAAGUGGCAUGAUAACAAGGAGCCCAAUGGUUCACAAGACUCAAGGACUGAUGUCUUUCUCUUUUAGUCCACAGAGCCGGAGUGUCAUGAAGCCACCCAGCAUGUCUGCAACCCUGGGCAUGGGAGUAAAGUCACCUUACCUAACACAAACUCCUGGACAUCUUGGAAACAUGUCUGUGUUAGAUGACAGUGAUUGGACAACUGCAUUCACACCUCCGCAUUCAGUUGUGUUCACAAACUUAGAGUAUAGUACAGCAGAGGAUGUCACUGAGAGUGCUGUUCUCCUGAAUGAGGAUGAUCCUGGGGAAGCAGCUACCAGGAGCAUGUACUCUGAUUUUCUGCAUUCCCUUUUAAAGCACACUUCAACUACAGUCUUUGAGCUUGUAGAUGAGUAUGAAGAGAUUUGCAGUAGCCAGGUAAAUAUUCUCCAAAAAAUAGUGUACCGAGCAACACCUGGAAAACAGAAAUUUUCAAGGACUGCUAGUGUUUUGUGGCUUCUCAAGCAAGAGAUGGUAACAUGGAGACUGUUGUCCUCAAUGUACAGGGAUAGGAUACAGUCUGCUCUAGAAGAUGAAAAUAUAUUUGACAUAGCGGUUAUAAAUGCUAGUGAAAAGACUGCUGUGAACCAUCUGUUCCAGAGGGAUUCAUUGGUUCGACAAAGCCAGUUGGUGGUUGACUGGCUAGAGAGCAUUGCCAAAGAUGACAUUGGAGACUUUUCUGAUAAUAUCGAGUUUUAUGCAAAGUCCGUAUACUGGGAGAAUACUCUACAUAUCUUGAAGCAGCGACAUUUAAACACAUUCUCUGGAAGUUCACGACCAAUAGUAACUGAAUUAGACCCAGAUGCUCCAAUAAGACAGAAACUGCCGCUUGAUGAUUUGGAUCGGGAAGAUGAUGCACGGUUGCUGAAGUUCCUUUUUACUCUUAUUAGAGCUGGAAUGACAGAUGAAGCCCAGCGACUGUGCAAAAGAUGUGGACAGGCAUGGAGAGCAGCAACUCUUGAAGGGUGGAAACUGUACCAUGAUCCUAAUGUGAAUGGAGGGACAGAACUGGAACCAGUAGAAGGAAAUCCAUACAGAUGCAUUUGGAAAAUAAGCUGCUGGCGGUUGGCAGAAAAGGAGCAAUUUGACAAGUACGAGAGAGCAAUCUAUGCAGCGCUGAGUGGGAACCUCAAGCAGCUCCUUCCAGUUUGUGACACUUGGGAGGAUACAGUUUGGGCGUAUUUCAGGGUGAUGGUGGACACUCUUGUUGAACAGGAAAUUCGAACAUCAGUGAUGAACACAGAGGAGACAGAAGAACUCCCAAGAGAAUUUUUACAAACAAACUGGACUUUAGAAAAGGUUUUUGAAGAACUUCAAGCAACAGACAAAAAGAGAGUUUUAGAAGAGAAUCAAGAACAUUACCAUGUGAUUCAGAAAUUUGUUAUCCUGGGAAAUGUGGAUGGCUUGAUGGAUGAAUUUAAUAGAUGGCUAUCCAAAGACAGAAAUGUCCUUCCAGGACACCUGCUUCGGUUCAUGACUCACCUCAUCUUAUUUUUCCGCACAUUGGGACUACAAGCCAAAGAAGAAGUUUCCGUUGAUGUUUUGAAAACCUACAUUCAGCGGUUAAUAUGUGAGAAGCACACAGAUCUUAUAGCAUAUUAUGUCAGCCACUUACCGCAAGAUGUAGGUAUUGUUCAGUAUGCUGUAUUCUUGGAAGAUGUCACUGAAACUGAGCAACGCCACCACUGCCUCAAGCUAGCAAAGGAAGCAGGUUUGGAAGUUGCAACCAUUACAAAAACCGUUGUAGAAAAUAUUCGCAAAAAAGAUGCGAGUGAGUUCACUCACCAUGAUCUUGCAAUUGAUACAGGCACCACCAAGGAAGAUCGCUUGAAGAUUGAUGUAAUUGACUGGCUGGUAUUUGAUCCUGCUCAGAGAGCUGAAGCACUUAAGCAAAGCAAUGCCAUCAUGAGGAAGUUCUUGGCAUCUAAGAAACAUGAAGCAGCAAAAGAUGUGUUCAUAAAAAUUCCACAAGACUCUAUAGCAGAAAUAUACAAUCAGUGGGAAGAGCAAGGAAUGGAUAGUCCUCUUCCAGCUGAAGAUGACAAUGCUAUUAGAGAGCAUUUGUGUAUCAGAGCAUACUUGGAAGCUCAUGAAGCCUUCAAUGAGUGGUUUAAACACAUGAGCUCAAUGCCACAGGCACCUGGCCAACUUUCACAAGCAAGUUUCACUGAGAAAGUGGCUCAUGAACUUAAGGAGAAGAAGUAUGAGGCAGAUUAUGGAUUAUGGAAAGGUCUCUUGGAUGCUCUUACCGCUGAUGUGAAAGAAAAAAUGUACAAUGUUUUACUGUUUGUUGAUGGAGGCUGGAUGGUUGAUGUCAGAGAGGAUGCUGAAGAUGACCCUGAGCGCGCUCAUCAAAUGAUCAUGCUGCGAAAACUCUGCUUGCCAAUGAUGUGCUUCCUCCUUCAUACAGUAUUGUACAGGACAGGACAGUAUCAGGAGGAUCUACGGCUGGCUGACUUGAUUGCAUCAGAGCGGCACAAACUCUACUUGGUAUUUACUAAGGAUGAACUCCGAAAGCUGCUGCAGAAAAUGAGGGAGUCUUCCCUCAUGCUUUUGGAUCAGGGCUUGGAUCCUCUUGGAUAUGAAAUUCAGUCUUAGUUCUACCAUUCCUAGUAAAAAUAAUUUUGAACAGUGGUAUGAAUGAAUGAUACUAUUUUGAAAUGCAUUUUGAUGCUUUUCAAAUGGAAAGCUUGUAUUUGAAUUUUUGUAUAUGUAAAAUACCAAGCCAGUAAGUGAUAUUUGUAUUUCUCUUAAUAAAAUUACAGGUCUAUGUUUAAUAUAAAAUUAUUGUUUGCACUUAAAUGUGUAAAAUGAAUCGCUUCAAAUAGAAGUAUACAAGCAGGGAACCACAAGGACUUGUGGGGGGCAGUCAUUUCAUUUCCUCCUAUAUCCCAUUACUCACACUACUUCCUUUCUCUCCUCUUAACAUCCUGUCCCCUUUUCCAGCUUCCUUCCCACUGUACCCCCCUCCAGUUUUCAGUUUUAUUAUAUAUUUCAUUAUACCCCACCUAUCUCCCCGGUGGGGGAUCCAAAGCCGCGUGCAUCAUCAUCCUCUCCUCCAUUUUAUCUUCACCAACAACCCUAUGAGGUGGAUUAGGCUGAGACAGAGUGACUGGUCCAAGGCCACUCAGCAAACUUCCUAGGCAGAGUAAGGAUUUGAAUCUGGUAUGUCAUAGUAUGUCUCUCUAACCACUACAUCACACAGGGUGUCAGCUUUCCCUCCUUUGUCUCUGGAAAAAGACUAGUGAAGUUGCAACACUCAUGUGGUAGCAAGUUGCUCAGUUGAGCUGUAUGAUGGCCACUGCCAGCCUAGCCAUGUUGCACAAGUUGUAUGGCAGCUGCCACUGGCAUCAUGUAACCACCACAUCUGGGUGAAUUGUGCAAAUUGCAUGGUAGCAACUUGCCCAGUGGUUGCUGCUGGACUUGGCCCCAGUGAGUCCUCAGUCAUGGGGAGGAUUGAGGGGAAUGGGUUGGACAGGGAAGCCCAAAUAGCUCUGGAAAAUGGCCAUGUCUCCCCCCCACCACCACACACACACACCUUUUACUGACAGAAACCAAGGUUUAAAUGCUAGCAACCCCCACAAUGGCCACAGAUCUUAAAGGGUAUCCAUUUCUUAAAGUUACUGCUUCUAUUAAUAGAUUUUUUAAAAACACAAUGUUUUGUGUUUGUAGAUUUUAGAUUUUUCUGCAAACCUCAGGCUUCUUUCAGGUCUGUGGAAGGAUCUGUCUUGUCUAUUCAUACAUAUAAACACACAUGAAGCUGCCUUAUACUGUAUCAGACCAUUGAUCUGUCAAGGUCAGUAUUAUCUACACAGUUCUCGAGAGUUGCAAGUAGAGGUCUUUCACAUCACCUACUGCCUGGUCCUUUUAAGUGGCAAUGCUGGGUGUUAAACCUGAGAUCUUCUGUAUGCAAAGCAGAGCAGAGGCUCUUCCCAGAUAGGACCACAUUGAACAUUAGAUACAUUGAUAAUGCCUAUCAGAUUGGACAAUUUUCUCUACAGGAAGCUAACUUAGAAAUGCUGGAAAAAAUAUAAGUCAGUGUAAGGGAACAAUGCUGCCCCCCACCCCCACGACAGAACCCUGUCCUCUUGCUGCUACCUGGCAAUUUUAUUUAGAUGUGUUUUGUAUUAAUGAGGACG